ACUCCCCGACCGCUGUCAUCCGAGAACACGCAGAGCAAUGAUGGCGGCCUUCAGUGUGGCUCGAAGCAGCUGUGGAUUCUUAAGCGGGUUGAGGGUAUCCUUCAGGAGUUUGGCGCAGGUGAAACAUGGCGCAGUUGCUGCUUCAGUACCACAGACGAGUCUGCUACGGGACAGCCGCUGGUAUUCGGUCAGCCACCUGUCCGUUAAGGAGAGGAUUGACAAGAAACGGAAGGCGGCGCUAAUCGGGGGAGGUCAGAAGAGAAUAGAUGCACAACACAAAAGGGGUAAACUGACAGCCAGGGAGCGAGUGGAGCUGCUGCUGGACCCUGAUUCCUUCGUGGAGACGGACAUGUUUGUGGAGCAUCGCUGCUCCGACUUUGGCAUGGAGCAGGACAGAAACAAGUUCCCAGGUGACAGCGUCGUGACAGGCCGAGGCAGGAUCAAUGGCCGACUAGUCUAUGUAUUCAGUCAGGACUUCACAGUGUUUGGCGGCAGUCUGUCUGGAGCUCACGCACAGAAGAUCUGUAAGAUCAUGGACCAGGCGAUGACGGUCGGAGCCCCGGUUAUCGGACUGAAUGACUCUGGAGGAGCUCGGAUCCAGGAAGGAGUGGAGUCUCUGGCUGGAUAUGCAGAUAUAUUCUUGAGGAAUGUGAUGGCUUCAGGAGUUGUCCCUCAGAUCUCCCUCAUCAUGGGUCCCUGUGCAGGAGGGGCUGUCUACUCCCCCGCUUUGACAGAUUUCACCUUCAUGGUUAAGGACACGUCAUACCUGUUCAUCACUGGACCUGAUGUCGUAAAGUCCGUCACCAACGAAGACGUGACUCAAGAGGAGCUUGGUGGAGCCAAAACUCACACCUCUGUGUCUGGUGUGGCUCAUCAUGCAUUUGAGAAUGACGUGGAGGCCCUCCUCAACCUGCGAGAGUUCUUCAACUUCUUGCCACUCAGCAAUCAGGAUCCCGCCCCCAUUAGGGAGUGUCACGACCCCAGUGAUCGUCUGGUACCCUCACUGGACACCAUUGUCCCAUUUGAGUCGACCAAAGCCUAUGACAUGUUAGACAUCAUUCAGGCAAUAGUGGAUGAGAGGGAGUUCUUUGAGAUCAUGCCCAACUAUGCCAAGAACAUUGUGGUGGGAUUCGCCCGCAUGAAUGGACGCACUGUGGGCAUUGUGGGUAACCAGCCCAAAGUGGCUUCUGGUUGUUUGGACAUUAACUCCUCAGUGAAGGGAGCUCGCUUCGUACGCUUCUGUGAUGCUUUCAACAUUCCCAUCAUCACCUUUGUGGACGUGCCAGGCUUCCUGCCAGGUACCGCUCAGGAGUACGGAGGCAUCAUUAGACAUGGAGCCAAACUGCUGUUUGCUUUUGCAGAGGCCACCGUCCCAAAAAUAACCAUCAUUACCAGAAAGGCGUAUGGAGGAGCUUACGAUGUGAUGAGCUCCAAACACCUGAGAGGAGAUGUGAACUACGCCUGGCCCUCAGCUGAGGUUGCUGUCAUGGGUGCCAAGGGUGCUGUUCAGAUUAUCUUCAGAGGGAAGGACAACCAGGCGGAGGCAGAGGCUGAAUACGUGGAAAAGUUUGCCAACCCCUUCCCAGCUGCUGUUAGAGGUUUUGUGGAUGACAUCAUCGAGCCGUCCACCACUCGCAGGAAGAUCUGCAGAGAUCUGGAUGUGCUGGCCAGCAAGAAGCAAGUCAACCCCUGGAAGAAACACGCCAACAUUCCUCUGUGAAACACACCCAGACAGUUUCCACAUUAACACUAUCGAAAGGCACUCGCUGUGGGAUUUUUUUCUGUGUAUUGAGUCCACAUUCAAAUGAACUGCAGUGGUACCCUGUGGUGAUGACUUCGGUAGCCUGCCAAGCAGAUGUUAUUUGUCAUAUUUCACCAUCUCUCCUCACUGUUUAUUUAAAACUGUCAUUUACCACUCCGCUAAAAGCGACACAUGGAGAUGCACUCCCUGAUUUUGUUGAUGUUUAAUCGUGGCUCCAGAUUUCUGAAUUUCUUCCCAGCCCGCUGCUUGCUCAUGUUUCUAACUGUAAAAGCUGUGAGAAACUUUUUAGGACUUGGGGGAAAAUAUUGGUGCUCUGUAAACAAAAUCAGGAGGUGUAUAUUUACAUUUACAUCCUCACCACUAUAUGCAAGAGGUUAAUAGGAAAAGCUUCACACACAUUACACUACCUGAAUCACACACAUUUCAAAUGAUUGUCAUAUCAGUAAGUGGCCAUAUUGGUCAGUAUUGUUGGUAUGAUUUGAUUGUCAGAACAAAGCUGUAUCUGAGAGGGCAGAUUACAUAUUGCCGAUAAUAUGUAUCUGAAAAGCACUGGCAACUAUCAACACGAUAAGCAGAAAAUGCAAACAUACUGUGGUCAUGUACAGUGUUUCCAAACCCUGUUGAUGUACUGUAUUAAGUUUCUGUAGGUUGUGCACUAGUUUGCGCUCUCAGAUGUGCUCCCUGUGUUUGACAUCCUCUUUUAAGGUCAAGAAAAAGUCACUCUCUCAACCUGGAACUGUGCCUUUGCUCUCUGGCAGGGUCUGAUCUGCCAUCUGUAAAAUAAAUAAUGGCCUCAUA